AACCUGGGAAACAGUAGCAAAUGAGCAGAGUGAUGAGGUGCUCCUGACCAAGGCGGGAAAACGAGGAGAACGUGAGAUAGGGAGAGAUAGAGAGAGCUCUCAGGUAACAGAUUGAGAUACGCAGUGAGGAUGAAGGAGAGAUCAGGAAAAGGCGGUGAGCCGUCGGUAAACGAGCGUUACACUCAGUGGAAGUCUCUUGUUCCCGUUCUCUACGACUGGCUCGCUAACCACAACCUUGUUUGGCCAUCUCUAUCCUGCAGGUGGGGGCCACAAGUAGAGCAAGCAACUUACAAGAAUCGCCAACGGCUUUACUUAUCUGAGCAGACUGACGGAAGUGUUCCGAAUACACUCGUCAUAGCGAAUUGUGAAAUUGUAAAACCUAGAGUUGCUGCUGCUGAGCACAUCUCACAGUUCAAUGAAGAAGCACGCUCUCCUUUUGUUAAAAAGCACAAGACAAUCAUUCACCCUGGUGAGGUUAAUCGAAUCAGGGAGUUGCCCCAGAAUAGUAAGAUAGUGGCAACACAUACUGACAGCCCUGAUGUUCUCAUUUGGGAUGUUGAGUCUCAGCCUAAUCGGAAUGCGGCAUUGGGAGUCUCUGAUUCUCGGCCAGAUUUGGUGUUGACUGGUCAUCAAGAUAAUGCUGAAUUUGCACUUGCCAUGUGUCCGACAGAGCCCUUUGUUCUAUCUGGAGGAAAGGACAAGUCAGUAGUUCUGUGGAGCAUUCAUGACCAUAUCUCUACCUUGGCAUCUGAACAGGGAGAUAAAAGGUCUCCAGGAUCUGGAGCCUCUAACAGUAAGCUGCCUGGAAAUAGUCCUACUGUUCAAGCUCGGGGUGUUUUUGUAGGGCAUGAUGAUACUGUUGAAGAUGUUCAGUUUUGCCCUUCAAGUGCACAUGAGUUUUGUAGUGUUGGUGAUGAUUCUUGCAUAAUAUUCUGGGAUUCAAGACAAGGUUCAGCACCAGUCAUGAAGGUUGAAAAGGCCCACAAUGCUGAUCUCCAUUGCGUUGAUUGGAACCCAUUUGAUGUGAAUCUUAUCUUGACUGGGUCUGCUGACAACACAGUUCGCAUGUUUGAUCGUCGAAUACUCACUUCUGGAGGAGUAGGAUCUCCUAUCCACAUAUUUGAAGGCCAUUCUGCUGCUGUUCUAUGUGUCCAGUGGUCUCCGGACAAGUCAUCUGUCUUUGGAAGUUCUGCUGAGGAUGGCAUCUUGAACAUUUGGGAUCAUGAGAAGAUUGGUAAGGAACAUCAGGACACAAAACCCACAAAUUCUCCACCAGGCUUGUUCUUCCGUCAUGCUGGACACAGGGAUAAAGUUGUUGAUUUCCACUGGAAUGCAUCGGACCCUUGGACAAUUGUUAGCGUAUCUGAUGAUGGCGAAAGCACCGGAGGAGGUGGCACUUUGCAGAUAUGGAGAAUGAUGGACAUCAUUUAUAGGCCACAAGACGAGGUUAUCGCCGAGCUGGAGAAGUUCAAGUCUCACUUGCUGACCUGUUAGCUUCUCCAAUUUCCUUGUUUUUCGCCGGGGACGAAAAACUUGUAGAGAAUUGAAUUUCAGAUAUUCCAUUCUGGAAUGCAAAAUCCCAGUCAAUUUGGUGGAAUUUUCUGAAAUAUUUGUCCUUUGUUUAUUUAAUCUUUAUAAAGGUUUGGGAUGGUGUGAAGAGUUGGCCAAUUUCAAUUAGAGUAUAUUUUUGGACCCAAACAUAUAUUCGAUGAAAAUAAAGCUGGGGAGCACUCCCUUCUCUUGUAAAUCACACCAUAUUUUUUAAAGUGCUUAUUAAAAGACUAAUAAUAAUAUUGUUCUUAUAUUUUAUUUUCCAAUUGGGUAUUAAAACUCAAGGGGUUAUUGUCUACUAUUAUGGUUUGGAUAAAUAUGGUUUUAUAUGUUUUAUGAAAGUAUCUCACUUUAAUUAAUAUUACAAAGUUUUGAAAAAAAAACGUCAAAAUAACAUGUCAAUGGUAUAGUACGGAGUAUGUGCUGAGGAUGGAGUGUUACAUGAAGCUUUUUUUAAUUGAUGCCACUGCAACGCCAGUCCAAACCACACGGCCCAAGAGGACGAGGAGGUGCCCUAGGUGUUUUGACGAUUAUGUAUAAUGUUUCCGUAGAAGACUUUAUUAUUUUUAUUUGAUUAAAUAUUGUACGUUAGAUUUUUGUAGGUGAGCGUGAUAUAAGCUCCUUUAAGGGUUUUCUUUUCGGUUCUUUCCCUUGACGCAUUUGUUGAACCGAAAGAAUAAAUAACCUAGUUGUGU